UCGGGAAUUCCCGUUACCAGGCGUAGUGUAAUAUUUAUCGAUAAACAGUGUAAUUUCUAAUGUUCUAACCGUUAAAAUAAAGUUUAAAUACCAUGCUAAUACCACAAGGUCGAUUAUUUCAAAAGGAUGCACUAAAAUAUAUAAAUAUCAAGUGUUUUCUAGCGGAAGAUUAAUAUAUUCUAUCACGCCAGAUUUUACGUCACUUCCGUAUCAACAUUAGUACACAUGCGAGUUCAUGAAUAUGGCGGCUGUUUUCAAACAAAAUCGGAAAGAUGUAAACAAAAGUUUCGGAUGAGACUGUUCUUCGAUUGACGUCUUAACACAUGAUCAACCAUGGUUGAGAAAGGUCGCUUCUUAGUCGUUAUUUCGGUUCUUGAAGGACGAAGAUUUCCUAAGCGACCAAGGCAUCAGAUUAUUGCAGAAGCUCGAUUUGAUGGUGAGUUGUUGUCAACUGAUCCAGUGAAUCAUGUGGAAAAUCCAGAUUUCACUCAGGAGCUGGCCUGGGAGCUGGACAAGAAGGGACUACAGCAGCAUCGACUUCAGAGGACGUCCAUCAAGAUCCAGUGCUAUGCAUACGAUAGUUCCAGUACCAUGAAGGAAGCCAUCGGUUAUGUAGUAUUAGACCUACGAUCAGUGACUGCUAAACAGACGGUGAAAUGGUAUCCGCUUUUACACUCCAAGUACAGUAAGAACAAGUCAGAAAUUAAGCUUUCAAUCUACUUGGAUGAAGAUAAAAGUGGAGAACAGCCAAGUUUUCGAGCCAAGGAAGCUCCUCCAAGAAUGAUAGAGAAUUCAGCCUCUGGUCCAGACGAAGCCCGAUUUCUCCGCCCAAUACUCAAUGAGGAGGAAGGCUUCUACCAGAUAGGGCCAGCAGCCAAGUGCAAAGACCAAUUUGUUCUCUCUGUUACUAUUGCAUAUGCUGCAAACUUGCCACAGCUGAUACCAAGUACACAGCCCCUACCUCCAGAUGCCAGUGGGUAUUUUUUCUACUUUUCCCUUCUUGGAAAUGAUGUCACAAAUGAAGUAUUCCAUGAUCUCAUCAAUCCCAACUUCCCUGCUGAAAGGGCAUCUGUUCGAGUUAGGACAAGUGUGGAAGUUCUGCGGCAGUUUUUCACCCAUCAACCAGGCAUCCAGGUUCACCUUUGUUGUGGGGAGCAGUCUCUAGGGAGCUGUGAGGUUCCACUUAAUUCUCUUCUUCAAAAAAACAGCACUGAGAUUUACAUGAAACCAGUGGCUGUUGAGGGAUCCUUUCAGUUGAUUCCACCGAACAAGUCAAAGCAGCAGAUACCUCCAGCCGUGAAUGACAUGUCUCCUGCAGUAGGUGUGUCAGUCAUACUUAGGAAGGAAGAUAUGGCAAUGAAAUCACCGGUGAAAGAAUCUCCGCCCAGGAAAGAACAGGAAGUUCAGAGGGAGUCUUCACCACCCCGACACAAAGACUCCCCUAAAACUAAAAAAUCUCCUGCCAAAGGUACCAAAACCAAGUCUAAAACAAAAGGCAUGGCCAAAGGGGAUAAAGCGGACGCCCCCAAACAGGCAGCAGCUGAUGACUACCCAGAUGAUUUUGAAGAGGAAAAUACUCAGGAAAAUCUGAGUAGCAUAGAGGAGGAUAGACUAAGAGAAAGAGCAGCAAAAAAAUCUGACCAAAGGGGAGAUAAGCCAGCCAAGCGUAGCCUUUCCCCACCCACAGCUAGUCCUGUUAGGCCGUCUGAUCAAGGUGGCAGCAUUGAAACGACCACACAACACGUGGCUAUCCCCCCUCAGGCCCAUCAUUUCACCUUCUCCAUUGACCUUCGCAGCAUCAAGGACAUGGCCAGCACAAACACGCUCUACGUCUUUAUCAGGUAUACAUACCCAUUCUUUGGGAGUGCAGCACCUAUCCUGACUCACCCACCCGUCGAGAUACGCAAAGGGAUGGAGGUUCUUCUUCCCCAGUCUUUCUGUGCCUUUGACUUUGCUUGUACUGUGGCACAGCUGCAGGAAACUUUCCUAAGGGUGCCUCUGAUAGUGGAGGUAUGGCACAGAGACAAGCAGCUGUCCAAGGACGUGUUACUGGGCACAGCACGUCUUCCUCUGGGGAACAUCAUCACCACAGACAAGAUGAGGAUAGCGCAGAGUAAGACUGGCAGUAUAGGAUGGAGACAGGCUUGUAGUGACCGCAUCACCAUUCAGGCCAACGACAGUGACCAGCGUAAGGUGGGCGAGGUCAGUACUGUUCUGAGUUUGGAGGACUGGGGCACUAUCACCACACAGCAAAUCAUUGUACAGCAGGAAUCCUCGGGGACACAGAGUGUAGCCGAGUCCCUAGGACAAAACAUUGCGGGUGCUGCCAGAGCACACGCCCAGCAGUCUUCACCUCAGGCUCUAACUCAGCCCCCAACUCAGGCCCCACGCGAGUCUGUCGAGUACAAGGCUGCACUAGAGCUGGAAAUGUGGAAAGAGGGACAGGAGAAAAUGUUUGAAAAUCAGUUAAAGCAGAAAGAGACAAUGUACAUGAAGGCUCUUGCAGAAGAAUGGAAGAAAAGGGAUAAAGAAAGAGAAAUUUUGAUGAAGAAAAAGAUGGUGGAGUAUGCACAGCUAGAAGACCAGCUGAGGAAAACCCUAUCUGACCUUGAAAAACGUGAAAAACAGCUUGCUGCUAACGAACAAGAGGUGGCCAGAAUGAAAACUGACUUACAACGGGAACAUGACAGGAAGCUGCAGGAUGUACGAGAGGCCUCGCGUAGGAUGAAGGAAGACUGCGACCACCAGGUGGAGCUGGAAAGAUUAAAGUGUAAAGAAAUUGAAGGCCUGAUAGACAGAUAUAAGCGAGAGAUAACAGAGUUGGAGAAGAAGAAUCAUAACCAAGAAAAAGAGUUUGCUGUGUAUAAGGAGCAACAGAAUACAAAACCUGAGGUCAGAUUACAGUCAGAGAUUAACCUUCUCACGCUGGAAAAGGUGGAACUGGAACGUAAAUUGGAUGCCAUAGCUAAGUCUAAGGUCCACUAUAAGCAGCAAUGGGGUCGUGCCCUCAAGGAGCUGGCCAGACUCAAACAGAAGGAACAGGUGGCAGCGAAAACAGAGCUGAAACGUCAGCAGCACGAACUGGAACACAUGCGACUGCGAUAUCUGGCUGCAGAAGAGAAGGAAGUUGUUAAGUCAGAGAAAAAGGAAUUAGAGGACCUCAAAAAUGAACUCAAUAGGCUCCGGCAGAUGGAGGAAGAGAAAUCCAAGUCCCUGAAUCAUUCUCUGAGUCCGCGGGAAUACUCCGGAAAUAAGAGUGAGGACAACCAGGGCCUGGACGAUCACAUCACACGUCUUAUCGAGGAACGGGACACGUUAUUACGAACAGGAGUUUACACCACGCAAGAUCGUAUCAUUGCUGAGCUGGACAGACAGAUUAGGGAAUCUAUGGUACAAAAGAAAACAAAUGCUUUAUAACGUUGACAUAGAGAACAAAUAGCUCUGACACUGGUGCCUCGGCAGAUGUUUCCAUACUUCAUGGGAAAAAAUGAGCCGCCAUUCAAGUGGAAUACAUUGUAGAUAAGUCACUCCAAGCUGAGAUUCAAACAUCCCAGUGACUUUGUCUCAUGUAGCAUCACAAACCGAUGUAGAAUCUGUCGACUGGUUUUGAGACAAAAGCUGCCCCUGAUAUAAGAUGGACUUGGCAUUUCUUGCUAUUACCCUGUGAUAUUUUAAAAAUCUCAAAGUUGUUCCAAGUCUGUUAAAUAUAUGAAGCUUAAAUAUUUUUAUGAAGAAUACAAUCGAGCGAUUGCAGCUUUACAGAGAAAUUGUUUUAAUUGUAUGAAUGUAUACUUGUUAGUGAAGAUAAGGAAUGAAAGUAUUAGCACAUGUAAAUGGUUGUAGAUAUUUGUAUAUCAGAAUAAUUUAAACUCUUUUAUCAUGAUUUUGUAACAAAAAGUCAUGAAUCAACAAUAGUAAAUCUUUUGUUAAAUAUAUAAAAGUAAUAUAUAGUAUCUUCACUCAAGUCCAUAGUUCUAGUUCUGUUAGUUGUAUCAUUUAUAGUUCUGCUGUAGAUUUACCAUCCUACUGUUUUUCAUUUCAUCACCGGCCAAUGUUUCUUUCCUAGAUGUGAAAUUUUUGUCUUUCUAUUCUGUAAAAAAUUAACAAGUUAAAUAAACAUUUAAAUACUAUUUUGUUAUAAAUCAGAGUUGCAAUCAAAAUGAUUACUACAAAAAUAGUUCUAUAUACGAUGUAUAUAUAUAUUAUACAAAGUUCAUAUAACAUACAAAUCAUGUGACCUGUGUAUUGAAAUUAUUUGUCAGAUGCAACUUUUCUUUCAGUUACGACUAAAAUUCUGUUCAUUCACAAAAGACGAAUGUGUUAUUAUUAGAUUAACAUGUCAUUAAUUACUGUUGGAUGGUAAUCAGUUUUGUGUGCUGCUAGGUGCCUAACUACGUAUCUGUAUAGACCAGUACAGCUGUACAUGUAUGUGGUUUGCAACGUAAUUAUAGCAUUGCUACAUUUUUUUAAAUGUAAAUUAUUGUACAUAAUAUUAUAUGCUGAAAGAUGAUAUGCAAUGCCUAAAAAUAAACUAAAAUAAAAUCUC